AUGGUCAACACUGUCCAGACUAGUCGUUCUGAGGAAGACCUGCUGGCCAUGACAGCCACACACAGCCCCCAGUCACCUGCCCCUACCAGAAACAGAAAUGGGUAUUUAAAAUGGACACUACCCAAAGUGGAAAAUGUCCUGCUCUUUGACGCAGCCAUGCCAAAGCUAGGAAUUUUCCUGAAGGUGAUCAUUGAUACAUAUGAAAAGGCUUUCAGGGCAGUCACUACUUCUGUUCUGCUCUCGUCCCCAGUCCCCAUCAUCCCCAGCUACUUGUACAGCAUUAAGCAUGAGAAAAAUGCUACAGAACUCCAGACUGCCAAGCCAGGACUCACAUCCUCUACCACGGGCAGCUUCCAGAACAUCUUUUCCUAUUACGACAACUCCACCAUGGUCACCGGGAACACCACCAGAGGCCCGCAGCUGGGGCAGCUGCCUAAGACCACCACACAACACAUGGUGACCAACGCAUCCACCACCCCUCCUGACUGCCCCAGGGAAGACAAAGACCUCUUGAAUGAAAACGUGCAAGUGGGCCUGCUGUUCGCCUCUAAGGCCACGGUGCAGCUCCUCACCAACCCUUUCAUAGGACUGCUGACCAACCGCAUCGGCUAUCCAAUUCCAAUGUUUGCGGGAUUCUGCAUCAUGUUUCUCUCAACAAUUAUGUUCGCCUUCUCCAGCACCUACGCGUUGCUGUUGAUCGCCAGGUCCCUGCAGGGCAUCGGGUCCUCCUGCUCGUCUGUGGCUGGGAUGGGCAUGCUUGCCAGCGUGUACACCGAUGACCAGGAGAGAGGCAACGCCAUGGGGAUUGCCCUGGGAGGCCUGGCCAUGGGGGUCUUAGUGGGCCCCACCUUUGGGAGUGUGCUUUACGAAUUUGUGGGGAAGACAGCGCCGUUCCUGGUGCUGGCCACCUUGGUGCUCUUGGAUGGAGCUAUUCAGAUCUUUGUGCUCCAACCGUCCCGGGUGCAGCCAGAGAGUCAGAAGGGGACUCCGAUAAUCACCCUGCUGAGGGACCCAUACAUCCUCAUUGCCGCAGGGUCCAUCUGCUUUGCAAACAUGGCGAUUGCCAUGCUGGAGCCAGCCUUGCCCAUCUGGAUGAUGGAGACCAUGUGUUCCCAGAAGUGGCAGCUGGGCGUUGCUUUCUUGCCAGCUAGUGUCUCUUAUCUCAUUGGAACCAAUAUUUUUGGGAUACUCGCACACAAGAUGGGGAGGUGGCUUUGUGCACUUCUGGGAAUGAUAAUCGUUGGAAUCAGCAUUUUAUGUAUUCCUUUUGCAAGAAACAUUUAUGGACUCAUAGCUCCCAACUUUGGAGUUGGUUUUGCAAUUGGAAUGGUGGACUCAUCAAUGAUGCCCAUCAUGGGUUACCUUGUAGACCUGCGGCACGUGUCCGUCUAUGGCAGUGUGUAUGCCAUUGCAGAUGUUGCAUUUUGUAUGGGAUACGCCAUAGGUCCUUCUGCUGGUGGGGCUAUUGCCAAGGCAAUUGGAUUUCCGUGGCUCAUGACAAUUAUUGGAAUUAUUGAUAUUCUAUUUGCUCCUCUCUGCUUUUUCCUUCGAAGUCCACCUGCCAAGGAAGAAAAAAUGGCUAUUCUCAUGGAUCACAACUGCCCCAUUAAAACAAAAAUGUACACCCAGAAUAAUAUUCAGUCAUACCCAAUAGGUGAUGAUGAAGAAUCUGAAAGUGACUGAGAAACUCCAAAGUCAUCCAAGUAUCUAAUUGUAUAACACAGUGUUCCCAGUGAAGUGACUUUCCAGCCUGUCGUAGUCAUACCAUCCUUGUGAGAGUAAAGCAACCAAAGGUUAUCAUUUCUUUUCCAUGGUUAUGAUCUACUGCCAACAGCCUUAUAAAGAAAGAAGCUUUUCUAGGGGUUUGUAUAAAUUGUGCUGAAAUCUUUAUUUUAUGUAUUUGGUUUUAUUACAUAUUAUACAAUAUAUUUUGAAGAAAUAGGUAUAGUGUAAAUCUAUAAAUAUUUGAAUCCAAAUCAAAUAUAAUUU